AUGGAACAAGUGUGUUCAAACCUAAAGUGCUCUGCAGUCAUCCCGAUCCUGGAGGGUCAAGAAGUAGCAAUGUUCGACCGCAAGUCGAUGUGCGAAAAGUGCUAUGGCAAACCGAUUUGCGCAAAGUGCGACCGUUUGUUGCACGCGCCGCUCCCGAUUAUCCCCGCAAGACAAAUCGUGCCAGUAUAUGAGGAACCAGAGGCUUGCCAGAUUGAAGCAAUCCACACGUGUCUCCCGAGACCCAAGCCGGGCUACGCGAUCAGGCGUGUACAAGUCCCCGACGGGGAGGGUGGUAUGCGUUACAAGUACAUUUCUCGCCGUGUGGAACAGCACACCCACGCCAAGCUGGUGAACCGUGUCAAAAAGUUAUUUCAUUUUACCAAGCGGGGCUCUCAGAAUUAGGAGGUGCUGAAUGUUUGCACCAAUUAUUAACCAUUCUGGACCGUAUUUUUAUAUCUACUUAUUAUAUAUGCACAACACCAUACUACCUUAUAUCUAACUAAAGUUCAUUGUGUACUACAAACUUGCGC